CCGAAGACCGCCCUGUUACUCCGCCCGACUCCACCGCGGGCAAGCGCACGACCCUAGCUCGACGCUGUUGGAGAAGCCAUGAAACUGGGCAGCCGGUCCUCCGCAGCAUCUCAAGAGGGCCGCGCUCCUGCCGAGGCCUGUCCUGACAUCGCGCCGCGCAACCCCCCCAGAAAAAAGGGGGGCCGCUCCCAGAACUCGGGCGCCUAGGGUCUCACCAGGCCCUUUCUCAGGCCGGCCGCGUUCCUUCCGCCCAGAUAGGGCAAAGAGUCCGGAUGCCUCGCGUGCGCCUCCGCCCGCGCUCCGAAGCGCCCCCUAGAAAGGAAGCCCGAGAGGCGGCCGCGCCUCUACGGCGAUUUUAUUAGCGCUCGGUUGGGGUUGCCCGGUCCGUCGGCGAGCUGGGCUUCCCCUCCCCUCCCCCUCUUCCCCGGCGCCCCUCCUGCCCUCCCCCGCCCGGCGGCCGGAACCUCCCUGCGGGGCGGAGUGAUACCGGCGGCGCCGUAGAGCGCGGCGCGGCCGAGAGGGGCGCCGGGGACUGCGCGGGGCGGCCGGCGGGCGGAGGAGGAGGGGAGAGAGGCGGGGCCGGGGCGGGUUGUUGUGAGGCGACUGCGCUACUGCCGGACCGGGGCGGUUAUGGCGGCUCCAUAUUAACACCCUCCUCCUCCUCCGCCGCCACCGCCGUCUCCUCCUCCUCCUCCUUUCCCUCCCGCCCGCGCUCGUAAGCCAUCUCCCCCUUCACCCUGACGCCUACCUCUUCUCCUCACCUUUCCCCCUCCCCUCUUCUACCAUGCCCGGCAUGAUGGAGAAAGGGCCCGAGUUACUGGGGAAGAACCGAUCGGCCAACGGCAGCGCCAAGAGCCCGGCGGGCGGCGGUGGCAGCGGCGCCUCGUCCACCAACGGCGGGCUGCACUUCUCGGAGCCCGAGAGCGGCUGCAGCAGCGACGACGAGCACGGUGAUGUUGGGAUGAGAGUCGGAGCUGAAUACCAAGCUCGGAUCCCUGAAUUUGAUCCAGGUGCUACAAAGUACACCGAUAAAGACAAUGGAGGAAUGCUUGUAUGGUCUCCAUAUCACAGUAUCCCAGAUGCCAAAUUGGAUGAAUAUAUUGCAAUUGCAAAGGAGAAACAUGGCUACAAUGUGGAACAGGCACUUGGCAUGUUGUUCUGGCAUAAACAUAACAUUGAGAAGUCCCUUGCUGAUCUCCCUAAUUUCACUCCCUUUCCGGAUGAGUGGACAGUGGAAGAUAAAGUCCUAUUUGAACAAGCCUUUAGUUUUCAUGGGAAGAGCUUUCACAGGAUUCAGCAAAUGCUUCCAGAUAAGACAAUUGCUAGCCUUGUGAAAUAUUACUAUUCCUGGAAAAAAACUCGAUCUAGGACAAGCUUGAUGGAUCGCCAGGCUCGUAAACUAGCCAAUAGACAUAAUCAGGGUGACAGUGAUGAUGAUGUGGAAGAAACACACCCAAUGGAUGGAAACGAUAGUGAUUAUGAUCCCAAAAAAGAAGCCAAGAAAGAGGGUAAUACUGACCAACCUGUCCAAACUAGCAAGAUUGGACUUGGGAGGAGAGAAUAUCAGAGUUUACAACACCGCCAUCAUUCUCAGCGUUCUAAGUGCCGUCCACCUAAGGGCAUGUAUUUAACCCAGGAAGAUGUGGUAGCUGUUUCCUGUAGCCCCAAUGCAGCCAACACCAUCCUGAGGCAACUGGACAUGGAGUUGAUCUCUUUAAAACGUCAGGUUCAGAAUGCUAAGCAAGUAAACAGUGCACUUAAACAGAAAAUGGAAGGUGGAAUUGAAGAAUUCAAACCUCCUGAGUCAAAUCAGAAAAUUAAUGCCCGUUGGACCACAGAGGAGCAGCUUCUAGCAGUGCAAGGUGUCCGCAAAUAUGGUAAAGAUUUUCAAGCUAUUGCAGAUGUAAUUGGCAACAAGACUGUUGGCCAAGUGAAGAACUUCUUUGUAAACUACAGGCGUCGGUUUAACUUAGAGGAGGUAUUGCAGGAGUGGGAAGCAGAACAAGGAACCCAGGCUUCUAAUGGUGAUGCUUCUACUUUAGGGGAGGAGACAAAAAGUGCUUCUAAUGUGCCAUCAGGGAAGAGCACUGAUGAAGAAGAGGAGGCACAGACCCCACAGGCUCCUCGGACUCUGGGUCCAUCACCUCCUGCCCCAUCAUCCACUCCAACACCAACAGCCCCCAUUGCCACUCUGAACCAGCCUCCACCACUUCUUCGUCCAACACUGCCUGCUGCCCCUGCUCUUCACCGGCAGCCUCCUCCACUCCAGCAGCAGGCUCGGUUCAUCCAGCCCCGGCCAACUUUAAAUCAGCCUCCACCACCUCUCAUUCGCCCUGCUAAUUCUAUGCCACCCCGUCUAAACCCAAGACCAGUGUUGUCCACAGUUGGUGGUCAACAGCCACCAACACUUAUCGGAAUUCAGACAGAUUCACAGUCCUCACUGCACUAAGAUUAAAUUGGACAGAGCUGCAGUAACUUUUCACCCCAUCAUUAUACCAGUGCUCACCUGACUGAUGCAAAAGAAGAAAGAAUAAUCCUUCCUAGAUACUGAGGCUGCAAACUAGUUCUGUGGCAGUGGGCUAGCAUAAGUAGAUGCCUAAGAAAUUUUUUAGUUCACGCAACUGAAAUGUUAUACAACAGAAAGCCUACAGUUAGCCUCCUUUCUAGAGUAUACAUUCAGCGACAUGAUCUCAUUAAAGGAAAAGAGAUUAAGUAUUCUAUAUACCGAGGGUUUUUGUUUUGUUUUUACUGUAUUUAUUUUAUUGAGAAUCUUUAUAUUCCUGCCUCUUCAUAGUCAAGGCUCUUAGUACAGGAAUAUUGACUUAGGAAUUGUGAAAACUCCUUAAGUUUCAUAAGUUAAGGAUGUUCGACUUUUUCUCUUUUUUGUUUAAUUUAAUUUUUAACAUUUUCCUAUGUUAGGAGUGCAAGAAUAGAUAGCCUGCAUUUCAGAUUUUGACAUAUGUUCAUUUAAUGCAUAUUUAAGAAAUUAUAGCUGCAUAUCCCUUUUUUCAAAAACUCUUGCUUUUUUUUCUAAAGGAAUUUAAAUAUAUUCCUUUAAAAGAAAGCAAUUUAAUCAAUUGCAAAGCAAUUAUAUGAACCCACAAAGAAUGUACUGAACCUGCUAACUCUUUAACACACAGUUUAGGGGUCCUAGUGCAAAGUCCUUGCUUAAAGGUCAUUGACUUGCCAUCUUGCAGUAGUAAGAGGAUCGGAAUAAUAAUUUUACAUAUAAAUGAGGAUUUAAUCUGUUAAAGUACAGUGUCUUUAAGUUCCUUGAAAAUGGAGUUAAUUUUGAUUUUUUUUUUUAAUCUUUCUAAAUGCUAUUGCUUUUAACUAGUAGUUGCCUACAUUGGGGACUUUAGAAGAGAAUUAUAUUUUGUCAGUUAUGUGGAGAUAGUAAUUAUGGAAGCAUUUAUUUACAGUACCCUUUUUGUGUUUAGGUUCUGAACUUUAAAUUGCCGUCAGACUUAUUAAUAUGGUCUGUAUUUAAUAUAAAGGAUGUUUUCUUGAUAAAUCUCUAUUGUACUAUUUGGAUGCAUUUGUGUAUUCCUUGCAGCUGACCUGUACUUCUGGGUUUGGUUUAGGGUUAAAUCAUCGACAUUAUUUCAUAAAAUAAAUUUAAGAAUUUGUUCUGUGUUAUCCAAAGAUGUAUCAGUAUAUUGUCACAAUUGUGCUGUUAACUUAAAAUGCUGAGACCCCUUUUAUAAAGAAACAAAUAAUUUCAAGUCUUCUUAAUUCAACACAUAAUCAUUAAGCACCUACGAAGAAUAUUUUACAAGUGAUAGUAUUUCAACAAUGUAUUACUAAUAUUUUUGAUACAGUGAUUUCAUAUUGGAAUCAUGACCUGUGCAAAGGGACAGAUCUCUUAGAUUGCUAUACUAGUGGAACUUAAGCUAAAUGUUUGCACAUUCACAUUCUCAUAUUUAGAACUAUUUCACGACAUGGUCAACAUCAAAGGCCCUAGUUUAUAUUUCGAGAUGUCAUAUAUUCCCCCAAUAUUGGGUAGUCCCUACCUUUGGCUCUAAAGUGUUAACGAGCUAUUGACUUAAAUCCAUUGAUUAGUUUUAAUUUUGAAGUUUAGACCACUUCUUUCCAUAAGGACCUUAAGUUCUGGCAUAAUCUAAAACUUUUUCCAGGAUGUGUUCUUUCUCUCUCAUUGGAUCACCUUAUGAUUUAAAAUUCCUAAUAUUCAAGAAUUUAUACUUAUUUUUACUUUAAUAGCCAUGGGGACAGUUAUAUAUCUUAAAGGAAAAUAUCUAAAGCAUUUUUUAAAGUAUUUAGAUUGUCUUGCAUAUGUGCAUACUAUACAGCUUCUAUUGUCUUGUCUCUUGUCAGUAGACCUUCAGUAUACAGUGUGUGGGAUAUGUGAGUCAAGUUGGUCAGCACCAGCGUCUGUCCAGCUGUUAAGUAUAUUGUGAUUCAUUUAAAAUCCAUUCUAUCCCAACCAUGGGCAAAGGUGCUGUAUCUGAGGGAUGUGCUGUAAUUUGAUUUACGUACACUAGAGCACACAGUAGAAAAAUCUUAGCUUCAUUAGUAAUAUGACACAUGUAUAUAGUGAGAUGUCUUUAUUGUGUGCUUUGCAUAUUUUGUAAAUAUUUUGCACGUCAUUAUUUUUCUUUUUUGUUUAAGCAGUGUUUGGCCUGGAAGAGUGAUAUGCUUGCUGCUUAAUCAAAGGAUUAAAGAGUUAAAGAUGUGUAUGUCUUCUAUUUUUAUAUAAUUUCAUGUUGUAUGAGAAAUUUAGGACCUCUUCACUGUGAAAUUCUAAAUACUGAUUUUUAUAAAAAGGAAAAAAAAAAAAGCAAAACCUGAAAA